CAGCGUUUCUGUGUCAUUUUCUUUCGUGCGCAUGUGUAACAUUUGUAACGAGGGACGUUUAACAAAGUGAAAGUAAAAAAUUGCCCAUGCUUGCUUCGGAUAUAAUUGUACAGCCUAGCACCGAACAGCCACACGGACUGAACAAAUUCACCAUGGCAACUCAGCCUCUCAUCAGGUCAAAGCAGGCUGAGAAAACAAUCAAUGGAAUAUCCACACAGGUUAUUUGUACAGAAUUCAGCAACUACAUAUUUAUAGUUCUCACACAGUAUGGAAAGAUUGGCACUUUAGUAUCUGUCACACCAGAUUCAAGAUCAGGUGACAUCAGCAUUCCCAUGUUCACCACCAAAGUUCUGUUGGGAAAGGAUGAGGUUUUGACUCAUGUCUGUGCCAAAAAUCUGACGACAUUUGUGUCUCAAGAGGCUGGCAACAGACCUGUUCUACUGGGCUUAGCGCUUAAAGACAGUUCCAUAGAAGCAAUAAAGGCCAUGAAAGAUGUCAUCAAAAGUUGUCAAGUCUGGUAACUGCUGGAAAGACAUUACUGUACUUAUAAAGACAAUAUCAGCAAAACCGCUUUUUGUGCUUACCAUCUAUUAUUCCAUUGAAUGUUUUUCCAUACUUCAAUUAUAAUCAUUGCUUUUUGCAACAUGUACUAUAAAUGAGUUUAACACAAUCUAUAAAAAAAAAAUCAGAAAUGUACAGAUGUGCAUUAUGAAUGUGUACAAAUAGAGAAUUAAGCUAAAUUGAGUAAGAUACGAAGGCUGUAUUUACUAGGUAGCCUAAUACAAUAUUUUGCCCAAUUACAGUUAAAAGAGCAGAACUGAUUAGUCAGAUGACCAAUAUUGGAAAAAUAUUUGUAUUGGACAGCUGUUUAAAUGUGGUCAAAUAAUUCUACAGAUUUGUUUCAUACAAUUUGCAGAUAAGCUCUACAAAUAUAAUUAAUGUGAAUCUGAUGUGAUUGGCCACAAGACCAAUUAGUCGUCUGUGUAAACGCAGCCUUUGAGACAACCCUCUCUGUUUUAAAACCACAUUCAUUGUCAGACUAACGGUGUGAAGUCAAUUUCACUCUUAAAAUGUACCUGGCAGAAUCCCCAAAAAGCUUGAAUGAGGCAACACUCUAUAGCAAAUUCUACUCUGAUUCUUGGGGAUGACAGGUGAAGUUCAUGUUGCUAUGCCCAUGAUUUUAGUCACAGUCAACAUGAAAUUGCCUACACUCCAUCAUCAUCACAGUUGUUGCCAUAGCAACAUUUCCUUGAAAAUGACAAGCUGAGGCUGAAUGAGACCACUUGUUUGGCUGAUAUACACACUUGGAUGUGACAGACAGUGUAUGUUGUUCAUGUGAAUGACUGAUCAAAGUCGAGUUAAAUUCAAGAACCAACUUGCCAUUAUUCCAAAUGAACAUUAGAAGUUGUAAAUGGGCCGUAAUGUAAACAUGUAAUAGCGAUAAUUUAAGAGUACCUAUUUCGAGUCAGUGUUCGAUAAUCUGUUACGUAAUGUCCAUGAGGCAGCAUGGUCCAUUAUCUGAAACAUCUUUUCCAUAAAAUAUAGUUGAAUUUUCAAACUCAGCAAAGUUUAAAAACUGAAGUGAUCAAGUGUGUGUAGUAAAUAUGUUUUUGUAUUUUCACAUGUGAAAGGGUUUGCUUAGAUUUGUAAUGAUUUAUCUGCCUCCCCAAUGAAAAGUAGCAGGUUACAGUUGAUUUGAGAAGGUUGCUGCUCUCACCACUUUCACUCACUUAAAUGACAGGCUGCUGUCCGUUUCAAACCUGGUCAGCUGAAUCGAAAUACCACAUUUUUGUAGUUUGCUGUUCGCCUAGCCAUUUGUGACAUUCCAUUACGUGCCUCCUGCUAUACCUUUUGUAUGUUGUAUGUUAUACUUCAUCUGGGUAAGUCCUUGGGCUCUGUAAGAUCCUAUCAUCCAAACAGUGAUGUGUAUGUGUAUAUUUUUGCAUUUGUUUUAUGGCACCCUCAAAUGUAAACAGCAUUUCAAGGGCCAAAAAGGCUCAUGGAAUAAAUGAGAAAAAUAUACAUUAACUAUCUUUAAAUAAAGAGUCAU